AUGCUAAUUUUAUUAUCAAAACAACCAGAAAGAAAAAUUGCCAUUGUAUCAGAAUCGUACGCUUUAGUGAUCAAAUGUGUAAGUUCUAAAAAGUCAGAGUCAAAACCCUUAUGCUCUAUUGAAUUAACACCGAAAAAACAAUUAGCUAAUCAGGGCUAUAAGAAACUAUCAAAUUAUAAAAUCGAGGGAUUCAUCGGUCUAGUCGAGAUAAAUGGUUUGAUAUUUAUCGGUACAAUUACAUCAAAAUCAAAAGUUGCACAACCAAUACCUAAACAAACAGUUAAUAAAAUUCUAGGUAUUGAAUUUUUCUGUUUAAAUGAUUCAUUAUGGGAUUUUGUAGAGAUUGAUUCUAGUGGGUAUCCUGCAAUCAAUGAAGAUCCUUCUGCAGGUGGAAGUAUAACAGGCGGAAAUAUGCCUGGUUCUGAUUUCCAUGAAACUUUUCCUAGACAUCCAUGUUUUGAAAUUAGAAAAUUAUUAUCAAACGGUUCAUUCUAUUAUAGUUCUGAUUUUGAUUUGACUUCAACCUUACAAAAUCGUGGUUACAGUGAUCAUACUUUAAGUUCAGAUAAUUUCGAAGAAGAGUAUAUGUGGAAUUCUUUUCUAAUGCAAGAAGUAGUUACUUAUAGAAAUAGAUUAGAUGAGAAUGAUAGACAAAUUUUAGAUGAAGAAGGCUUUUUAACAACAAUUAUCCGUGGGUUUGCAGAAACUUUUGUAACAUAUGUUAGACAAUUAAAGAUAGCUGUAACAAUUAUUUCAAAACAAAGUUGGAAGAGAGCAGGCACUAGAUUUAAUGCCCGUGGUGUUGAUGAUGAUUCCAAUGUGGCUAAUUUUGUUGAAACAGAAUUUAUUAUGUUUUCUUCUCAAUAUUGUUAUGCGUUUACACAGAUUAGAGGUAGUAUCCCUGUGUUUUGGGAACAAGAUACUUCAUUAUUGAACCCUAAGGUUCAAAUCACAAGAUCGGUCGAAGCUACUCAACCUGUAUUCGAUAAACAUUUUACAAAAUUAAAUGAUAAAUAUGGUACCAUUAAUGUUGUUAAUCUAUUAUCGACUAAAUCUUCAGAGAUUGAGUUAUCUCAACGAUAUAAGAAACAUUUGCAACAAUCUGAAAAAUUUCAAUUAGGCAUUGAUGUCUUUCUAACCGAAUUUGAUUUCCAUCGUGAGACCUCACAAGAAGGGUUUUCUGGUGUUAAAAAAAUUUUGCCAUUAGUCAUGGACGCAAUAUUAAAUUAUGGUUAUUUUUCUUACGAUGUUAAGGAGAAAAAAAUCAUUUCAGAACAGCAAGGUAUCUUUAGAACAAAUUGUUUAGAUUGUUUAGACAGAACAAAUUUAGUACAACAAACGAUCUCAUUAGCUGCGUUUAAAUUAUUUUUGGAAGAUUUCCAACUUAUUAAGCCCAAUGCAUAUGUAGAUGACGAUAAUUUUGUUAGCCAACACAAUACCUUAUGGGCUGACCAUGGUGAUCAAGUUUCACAAAUUUAUACUGGUACAAAUGCUUUGAAAUCUUCAUUCUCAAGAAAGGGUAAGAUGUCUAUUGCAGGUGCAUUAUCAGACGCCACUAAAUCUGUGUCCAGAAUGUAUAUUAAUAAUUUUAUGGAUAAAGGUAAACAACAGAACAUCGAUGCACUUUUAGGCAGAUUACCACAUCAAAAGCCUGUUCAAUUGUACGAUCCAGUUAAUGAAUACAUUACUGCUCAAUUAGAUACAUUGAAGGAUAAGUUUAUUUCUUAUUCCUCAGCAAAUAUUUUGGUUGGUACUUUAAAUGCAAAUGGUAUAUCGAGGAAUGCUGAUUUGUCAAAAUGGUUAUUUCCAAUUGGUGAUAAAUUUAUACCUGAUAUGGUAGUUUUAGGUUUACAGGAGGUAAUUGAAUUGACCGCUGGCUCUAUUUUAAAUGCUGAUUAUUCGAAAAGUUCUUUUUGGCAACAAUUAGUUAGUGAAUGUUUGAGCCAAUACGGUGAGAAAUAUAUGCUUUUGAGAGUUGAACAAAUGUCCUCUUUGAUGAUCUUAUUUUUUGUGAAAGCAGACAAGGCAAAAUAUAUCAAGCAAGUGGAAGGUUCCUCAAAAAAAACCGGCUUUGGUGGUAUGACUGGUAACAAAGGUGCAGUGGCAAUUAGAUUUGAUUAUGGCGGAACAUCUUUUUGCUUCGUAAACGCUCAUUUUUCUGCAGGUGCAAAUAAUGUUGAAGAACGCCGUUCUGAUUUCGAAUCUAUUAUAAAAUCUAUUAUAUUUUCAAGAUCUAAAACAGUUCCACAUCAUGAUUCAAUUUUCUGGUUAGGUGAUUUAAACUAUAGAAUCAGUUUAGCUAAUGAAGAGGUUAGACGUGAGUUAGCUGCCCAACGUGAGGGAUAUAUCGACAGAUUAUUGAAGUAUGAUCAACUAACACAAGAAAUAAAUGCCGGCGUUGUUUUCAAAGGCUUUAAAGAACCUUCAUUGAAGUUCCGCCCUACAUAUAAGUAUGAUUUAGGAACAGAUAUAUACGAUACUUCUGAAAAAGCUAGAACACCUUCCUGGACAGAUAGAAUUGUUUACCGAGGUUCUAAUUUACACCCAUUAGCUUACUCAGAUGCACAUUUACUAAUUAGUGAUCAUAGACCAGUGUAUGCUGCCUAUAGAGCUCAAGUUAUGAACAUUAAUGAGGCGGUAAAAUUGGAUCUUCAGAAAAAGCUUUACAAAGAUUACAAAGAAGCUCACCCAGACUUACCAGAUGUACAAGUGGGUAAUCUCAUAGAUAUCGAAAGACGUAGACGUGAAUCCUUGUCCCCUCCUACAGGCGUUACUUUAUUAGAUCUAGAUAGCCCAUCAACUAUUAAGCCACAUCAAGAAAAUAGUUCAUCAGACCUCUCUUCUGCUUUCUCUUCCCCAUCAAGCAACUCUCUCUCUAAUAUACCUUUAAAAGCAAGAAAAAAUAGCCCAUCUGUUGUAGAGACGAAUAAUAGACAUAGAUUACCACCCCCACCUCCACCAGCUUCUAGAAAUGGAGCUGCUAUUUCAUCUCCACCUCAGCCAACAAGCAGAGGCGCAUCUACUUCUAUUCUACAGAAUGCUGAUCUCUCUAAAUCCUCAUCGCUAUCAUCAUUCUCAUCUUUUGCUUCUGUAAACGAUUCCAAUACAGUGAAGAAGACACUAAAUGAUGAUGAUGAUGCCUUGACUAUGAAAGAUGUUCAUAAUGCUCCUGCUCCUCCAAAGGCUAGGAAGCCUUUACCACCAGGAUUUUCUGAUACUAUUCUACAACCGAAAAACUCAAGUGAUAAUAGCAGAGCAUCUGUCUCUAAGACCACUCCAUCACCUCCACCUUCUAGAUUGAAAUCUCCACCAAGUCUUACUAGCGGAGUUACUCCUUCUAAAAUAGAACCUUUAAAACCAAAAAAUAAGAGUGUUACUCCUCCACCUGUAAAACCUAAACCAGAAGGUUUUGAAAAGGAAAAAAUCGAUCCUGUAACUCCAAAACAAACUGGCAGAGGAAAUCUACCACCUCCACCUCCACCAUCUCACUCAAAGCGUGCUGAGUCAGCUACAUCAACUCCCGAGAGAGAAACCCAUGAAAAUGAGACAUCAACUACUACGCCUGCAGCUCCUAAAGACAAACCUCACAAAGUGCCACCUGCAGUUCCUGCCAAAAAAGCGGGAAUUGAACAUCUUGGUAUGGAUUCAUGGAAGCCUCUAACUCCGAAAUAG